UCGUGGACCAGCUGUUCAACCCGGCCGCCAUCCCCGACUACAAGGUGCCGGUGCCCAUCGCGGCAGACUUGAGGUCCUACCAACAGGGCACUGGGUAUUCGAGGUGAACAAGUUCGUGUCGGCGCAACACUUGAACCCCCUACAGUACGUGGGCCCGCCAGCCGAGCGCGACCGGCUCCGUGCGCACGUCUCACGACACAACCUGAUCGUCGCGUCCUACGACAUCGUGCGUAAGGACAUCGACUUCUUCAGCAGCAUCAGGUGGAACUAUCUCAUUCUGGACGAGGGCCACGUGAUCAAGAAUGGCAAGACUAAGGCGUUCAAAGCGAUCAAGCAGCUGGUGGCCAAUCACCGGCUGAUACUGUCCGGCACGCCCAUACAGAACAACGUGCUGGAGCUGUGGUCUCUGUUCGACUUCCUGAUGCCGGGCCUGCUGGGGUCGGAACGGCAGUUCACGGCGCGCUACUCGCGGCCCAUCCUGGCUGCGCGCGACCCCAAGGCCACCCCGCACCACCUGCAGGCCGGCGCCCGGGCCUGCGAGGCGCUGCACCGACAGGUUCUGCCGUUCUUGCUGCGGCGCGUGAAGGAGGACGUGCUGCGCGAGCUGCCUCCCAAGAUCACGCAGGACUAUUACUGCGACCUGAGCCCGCUGCAGCGCUCGCUGUACGAGCACUUCUCCUCGCAGCACCUCAACGCCAUUGCGCCCACAAACAAAGUGCACGUGUUCCAGGCGCUGCACUACCUGCAGAACGUGUGCAACCACCCCAAGCUAGUGCUGAAGCCGGAGCACCCUGAGCUGGCCCGCGUGCAGCAGCAGCUCGCGGCGCAGCGCUCCACACUCAGCGACAUCCAGCACAGCGCUAAGCUGCCCGCGCUCAAACAACUGCUGAUGGACUGCGGCAUCGGCGCCGACGGGACGGGGGGCGCGGGUGGCGCGCCGGAGUGCGGCGUCGAGAGCGUCGUGUCGCAGCACCGCGCGCUCGUGUUCUGUCAGCUGAAGGCCAUGUUGGACAUCGUCGAGCAGGACCUGCUCCGCGCGCACCUGCCCAGCGUCACGUACCUGCGCCUGGACGGGAGUGUGCCGCCCCAGCAGCGCCACGCCAUCGUCAGCCGGUUCAAUGCCGACGUGUCCAUCGACCUCCUGCUGCUCACCACCAGCGUGGGCGGGCUGGGGUUGAACCUCAGCAGCGCCGACACCGUGAUCUUCGUGGAGCACGACUGGAACCCCAUGAAGGACCUGCAGGCCAUGGACCGCGCGCACCGCAUCGGACAGCGCCGCGUCGUCAACGUGUACCGGCUGGUCACACGCGACACGCUCGAGGAGAAGAUCAUGGGGCUGCAAAAGUUCAAGUUGAAAACAGCCAACACGGUGAUCAGCAGCGACAACGCGGCCAUGGAGACCAUGGGCACCGACCAGCUGCUCGACUUGUUCCAGCUGGCGAGCGGGCCGCCGGCGGGGGGCGUGGCCGAGCGAGCGGGCGCGGGCGCACGGAGCGUGUUGGACGCGCUGCCCGACCUGUGGGACGACAAGCAGUACGAGGAGGAGUACGACAUGGCCAACUUUAUUAAGAGUCUGAACAAGGUUCAGUAGCGACAGAUACUGAACACUGACAUUAUAUUAUUAUUAUUAUAUAUUUUAACAUUUUAUUACAGUUUUCGAAAUAAUAUAAUGGUCCAAAUGGUGAUCUAUUGAACUAAAUAACUGUCAGCAAGUGGGUUUCCAGCAACUGUAUGGAAUCAAGUUCAUUACAACUAUUGUGACAAUGUGCGGUCAUAAUUCACUAUGGCCUUAUUCGCUACAACACUUGUUAGUACUAGACCGACAAAAUCGUAGUAAAUGUUUUAGUUUUAUAUUUUUUAUGUUUCGAAUCUAUUGGAAUUAUCAUCAUGUACAGAGUAAUAGAUAGUUCUCUACUCAUUCGGUUUUUCUAUGUUUUUAAUGUGCCAACAAUAUGGCUCAUAAUAUAUAUUUUGUAUAUCGGAUGCAUCAUGCAUGUUACAAAAGUAAUGGUGACACUAUCUUGUGUAUUAUUUAAAUAAUUUUAAUAUAUCUAUAUAGGUGCACUUCCAAGUAACAUUACGCCCCGCGGUAAUGUUGUCAUAAAGUAUUCAAACUGGGCCCUGUCCUUAGAGUUAAUACCUCAGACGGCGUGUGGCCACGUGGAACGUUGACAGCGAUAGCCAACUGUCUGCCAAGAGUAUUUUAUUUUCAUCUACUUUCUUGAGUUUCUUUCUAAUUUUGUGAUUGUAAAUUUUAUAUUUUUAAUUAAUAAAAUAAUACUAGUUGUGAAUGUAUUAGGAAAAAAUAAGUAAUAGUAUUUUAUACACCAAGGGAGUAAAGUGUAGCAAAGGAACCUGUCAACUCACUCCUUAGCGAAGCGAGGGACUUAUGUAAAGUUCCGAGUGAAGUGAGAGAAUAGAAGCCACCCAAGACUAAGACAAGCUUUAUUCCAGAGGUGAAUACUCUACCUCCGAGUCAAUAAAAGGAAAAGGCUACAAAGUAAGCAUUUAAUUAGAGGAAUAAUUUAUGCUUACAAAUUAAUAAUAUCAUAAUAUUAUAUAUAAUUGAUCAAAAUUGUCAAAUAAAUGAUGAAUACAUAAAAUGGUACGUUUAGUAAGUAUCUCUUAAUUUGUUCGGUAGUACAUUUAUAAAAAUGACAAGCGUCUGAUAAACUCCAAAGUCAAAUUACUAUCGCUAGACGACAUUUUAGUAUCAAUAACGCAACGUGAAUAAUUGAAAGUUUUAAAUGAACUAUUUAAAUUAAAACUGUCAUAUAAAAGUAAAGAAUAUUCUAUAAAAGUAUUCUCAAAUCACACGCCCACAAAAUCAUCACAACGUUCUUUCAUGACUGCGGCGCAUUGGCGACUGUCUGGUGUAUCGAGUGAUGUUUGUAUGAUGAUAGAAUACUGUAUCAUAACAUUACCAUGAUAACGUUAAGAGGCUUAUUUUGUUAUUUAGUAAGUAUUUAGUCAAAUAAAAAUAAAUAAAAAAAAGUGGUUCAUUGUCUUAUAAAUAGUUGAUACGUAGUAAAUAAGCCAGUAUAUGGUGUACCAAUGUUUACUUCACGGAUUCAGGCCAAACAUUGUACAUUUCGGCUACAUUGAGUGAAUCAUCCUAGUUCCCGAAAAAUCUAUGAGUGGGCAUCGUUGAAGCGGUGGACAUUGCACUGCAGGGAGGGAGCUUCCUAAUGGAGCACUAUUGGCGGCAGACCGGCCGGGGCCGGGUCCGGAGCGAACAAGUUCCAUAUUAAAUUGUUGUUUGUACCUCUUGGCACGCGGGACAUUCUCUUUGACACUCUCAAGACACGAUUGUGGAUGCCGAUCCAUCGCCGGUAAUUAAACGGUUAUAGUCAUAAUAAUAACUCGUCCGAUAUAUUAUAUCACUAGCUAUUUUUAAUUAGUAAAGCCUGCUGCUGCAACAGAAGUAUAAGUCAUCAUCAUCAUCAGUUCUGCCAAAGAAUGUCCACUGCUGGGUCAACUGUAAUAUAAAAUAUAUUAAUAUAACUUAAUAUUGAAACGGUCUGCGUUCACGCAACAAAAAUAGGGUAAAUAAUCGUCUAACUACUUUUAUACAUUAAUUAAAUAAAGUUAGAUUAAAAUAUACAUCAUAUCUAGCGAUAUAAUAAAUAAUUGUCAAUUAGAUUUUCGCACAGAACAGAAAAAACUAGUAGAAGUGGCAUCAUGUCAUUUCACUAUGGAAACCGAUAUCGCCAAAGUCACACAUUUGUCUAUUAAAUUUGUAAUACACACACUUAAUUCCGGCUUUAUGAUAGGCCUUAAUUCACAAUCACGAAAAGACAUAACUACAAAUUUAUUUACUACAAUUUCGAACUUAAUACAAUUACACUAAUCUGAUAUUCUUAAAGUGGUUAUGACAAUCUUAGAACUUUUUCUUAAAUUGCCAAAAAUAACAUAUAAAAACUUGAAGUAGUUACUCUGUAAGCAUAGAUUUGACUUCUGUCAAAAUACCUAGUGUUGUACGAAAAUGAAUAAACACAUCGAUAAGUUAGUGACAACUAGAAAUGAUGUAAUCAGGGUUGAUAAAGUAUAUUACCGAUAAAGAACGUUGUUAGUUAAAAUAAUAAUAGGCCAAUAUUUUUUCUUAGAUAGGUAUAGUAUUAUUUAAAUUUAAUUUACCUGGGAAGCAAUACACGCAUAAAACAUAGUUUAUUUUUUAUAAACCGUACUUGUUCCAUAUGUAAUGCGCGUGCGGAAAGAAAAUUUCCAAAACAAGCAGUAACCAAUGGUUAAUAAAAAGAUAAGCUAUAUGUACUGAUGAAGUAUUCAUAAUCUCGUUAGUCUUAUGAUACAUAAUAUUUUAUAUCAUGAUGUAUAUAUGCUACAAUGAUCGCAAACAUUCCCAGAAUUCAUGGUUUUCGAUGUAUUUUUUACAAUUCUAUUACGUAUUUCCUCUGCUACAUGAUGUGAUGAGGUUUUUCUUCUACUCCACCUCGACUCAACCUGAGCGGUGGAAUCUAAAUAUAGGUCAGCAAAAUAUUAAAAUUUAAUUUAUAAAAUAUUUGUCUUUAUUUAAAAAUUAACUUUUAUUUAGUUAAAAUAAUUGUAUUUAAAUCGAAAAAUUAUGAUUACCGAUGGAUAGGAAAUCCCUUCGUUGGGCAUGUUUUUAUUGAGGCUAUGUUUUCUACAAUCAAGAAUGGCACAAUAAGGCAUAUUUGUAUUUUUUUAAAGAUAAUUAUGCUUCACUUGAGCCUCGAGUAGGUAGGUAUAUUUGUACACAAUUGUGGCGACAGGGUAACGACAUGCCACUUCCACUUGUUUUUCUGUUCCGUGAAUUUUCGUUACAAAAUAUGUGUUAUUACACUAUAAGUAGGUAAAUAAUGUUUAGGUAAGUAGUAAAAUAUAUUGUUCAGUUUGAUGUAAUAUGUAGAAAGCUAGCUGUGUUGAUUAUUAUAAUAAUAAAAAUAUAGUCUUAAAUAUUUCUUAUUACUGUGUAACUUUUUAUUUAAAAAGUCAUUUUGUGCCUUUCUUAUAUACAAGACAAAAAAUUCUUACCACUAGAUAUUAAUAAAAAUAAAGGUUAAUAUACCCGGCAACUUACUAUAAGUGGUAAGAGAUGGUACUAAUGUAGCAGCAAAACUGCUCCGCGCUCGUCUUCCCCCAUCAUAGUGUCAUGUCGGCCCAAUUAAACAUUUGUCAGAUAUUUUGUAGUGUUGUCGGUCGCCAUUGUGGUGAGUUCCUUUGUAACAAAUACCUCAGUCGACGAUGUAUAUUCGAUUUAUGUUUAAGUGUGUAGUCAUAUUGUGUAGUCAUAUUGUGUAGUCAUUUGUUACUUAUCAAUGUAGGUAUAUGUUAUUUUUCUUACUCCAUUAUUAGCGCGACGCUUACCUGAUGGUCGGUAAGAGACAUCUUAUAAUUUAAAAAAAAAAUUAAUUGUUUUACUUAUGUUUCACAAUGUCCAAGUAAGGUUAUGAUAGUUUACUUGCUACUUACCUAUUAAAUAAAGACAUUACUUGCGUUUCACAAUGUAUAGAUAGUAUUGUCUAGCAGGUAAGGGCCAUAGGAUGGAUGUGUUACCCGUCACUGGUGGGGGGAGCGUGUACAACAUUGUAAAAAAAAAGAGUACAAUGAAAUACUCAAGCGCUUCAGAUAUUAAUAGUGUAUGCGCCUCGCGUGUUACUGAUAACAGAAAAAUAUUAUUCUGCUGAAUGCUGUACAGACGGUUCAUAUUAAUGACAUUUGUAUGGAGGAAUUCCCUUAACCUGACGGUUUGAAAUUUUUGGUUUGAAACUUUGUGAUUUUCUGAUUUCCUUAUGCAAUGCUCAAAUUGUUUAUUAUUGAAAUGCACACUUUACUGCAUAUAAUUCACUUACCUUACCUGUGACGCGCUCGAGUUGUUCAAGGGAUCGAUUUUUUUAUUAAUCUGAUAGGCUGCUCUAAACGUUCGACCAUAUAUUCAGGGCUCAGGUAUGUUGGGAGUAUUUCAUGAUGUCCCUCUUAUGUUAUUCUGCGGCUUUACUUGGACAUUGUGAAACCCCUCCUAACUAACUUCUAAGAGUAAUCUUGGCGAAUAAUAAAUUCACUUAAGUAUCAACAUUGCCUUUUUUCAAAUAAUAGAUAAGUUGUAUUCGGAAACAAAGAGAUAUCGGGGCUUGAUACAAUUAUUAUAUUAUGUAGCCAAUAAAUGAAACCUAUGUAGAUUAUGUAGCGUGAGACGUGUAGCUGUUUACUAAUGUUGAUCUAAAUCACAUUUCGUUAAUUGAUUGAAAUAGACAGUGUAUUAGUUUAGAACUCAAACCAUGACUUGUUGUUGUUAUAGCAUUUUUUUUUUAUUUGUAAUGGUGUGUAAUUUGUUUUCUUCAGUAAUAAACUUUACUCGAUAA